ACCGUUUUAGCAGUCAGCAAAGAGAGACUCUGUGCCCCCCGUGUUUGCGACUCGUCGCAUCUCUGAUCGAUCAUCGCUCGCAUAGAUGUGUAUCGCGGUCGCUAUAUGCGCUACUCCCAUGUCGCAGUGAUCUCCGGACGAGCGCAGAAUAGGGUGGAGAAUCUGCUUCGACUGCUGUGGCAUGAAAACCCCGCCGCGCUCAUCGAGGCAGGAUGAUUCCCAGUCCGACGAAUAGUCGCGUGGAUUAUGGCCUUCCUCCGCAAGUGUCGAAUACACCGUUUGCAUUCGAUAUCGCUUCGUCAAGUAUGAGUCCUCAGCCAGUUCCGAGGCAGUCCUCGGGUAGAGGGGCUCUUACGGGAGGGCGUCAUAUUACUCGGAAUCGCGCGAGCUACAGCUGCCACACCUGUCGGAGGCGGAAAGUGAAGUGCGACAAGGUUCACCCGGUUUGCGGAAACUGUGUGAAGAACGGAACGGAGUGCGUUUAUGAUGCGGUACCUAGGAGGGACACAACUACAAGCAGCCAUGGCCCAGAUGCGAGCGUCCAUGGCGUUAAGAGGAGGAGAGAGACGUCAAGACCUCUGGACGGGGACGGGGAGGGGUUGCAGUCACCGCACAACAAUGCCAGGGACGGGCGCAACGGUGGUUCUCAAGAACAGAGGAAUGCAAUUGAAGCGCGGUUAGACAAGCUCACCUCCAUGAUUGAGAGGCUGAGCAGGACAAAGGGACCCCCUUCUUUGGAAGAGGUAGACAGGCAGCUACGAGCGGAAAACCCGGAGCUGGAGUCAAUGAGGGAACACCGACAGAACUUGCUCAGAGCGCAGGCGGGCGUAGUGGACGGACAGGGCAUGAGGUCGUCUGCUGAAUCUCGUCAGGCGAGUCCGCGACGCAAUGCAGAAUUUAGCGGCGAUGAGUUCCCUAUCCCAUCAGGGCAAGCUACGGACCUUGUCGACCCUGUUGGUAGCCUGAACCUAGGUCACCUGAGCUUGGAAGACGGAGGGAAGUCGAGAUACGUGGGCACCACUUACUGGGCUUACAUAUCGGAAGAGAUCAACGAACUCAACCAGCUGCUGAGAGAUCAGAACCGUUCUCAUGAUAUUUCGCCCCCGGACGAAAGUUCUAACGAUAGUGUAAUGGCAGAUUCGGCCCCAAGAGUGGACAAGACAGUACCCGCAGAAAGAUCUUCCCGGGCCAGGCGGCGGUCAUACAACUAUGAUGAUAACUUCCACAAAUCGGUUCUGUUUCCUUCGGGCGAUUCUCCUUCCGUGCACGACAAGGUCGUCGAUCAUAAGAUGCUUAACAACGUACCAACGAGGCGACAGAGCCAUAUUCUGUACAAAGGGUUUAUGUCUGGCGUUCACGCCAUCAGUCCUGUCUUACAUCCCCCGACGGUUUUGAAAAUGUACAACGACUUUUGGCGUUGGUAUGAUUACAGCAGUCACUCUGGAGAGCCUUGUCCGGACCCGUCUUUUAUUCCUCUGCUUUACGCCAUCUGGUAUGGCGGUUCAGUGACGGUAUCGAUACGAACGAUCAAGUCGGAAUUCAAUGUGGAUUCCCGCUCGGCUCUAUCAACAACGUACAGCGACGAGGUGACUCGCUGGUUGUCGAAAAUAUCGUUUCCAAGAAGCCCCUCAUUGAGAGGGCUUGCUGCAUUUCUUCUUGUUCAGACCAUUCUCUCCAAAGAGGAGGAGCCUCUGACCAGCAGUUUGUUCAUCAGUCUUGCCCUACGGGUGGCGCAAACAAUGGGUCUGCAUCGAGAUCCUGCUCAGUUUGGGAUUGCGUCCGCGGAAGCCGAGACUCGACGUCGAGUAUGGUGGCACAUUGUACAUAUGGAUGGUGUCGUCGCCAUGUCCAGUGGAUUGCCGCCAUUGGUCAGCGACGAGAAUUACUGGGACGUGGGCGAGACGAGCGAAGUGAAAGACACCUUGCUGGGGACACCAGAGGCUGAUCAGUAUGAGCGCUUGGUUGCCGCAAACCUGCGCCCACGGGACAAUCCAGACGAUCCCACUGUUUGCGGGGGGCCAUCUAUGGUGAACGUCUACUAUCUCUCUGCCAGGGGGAAGUACAUCAUGGCUCGUGCCGUACGUCGGAUACUGAAAAUUCAACUGGGAACCAGACCGGUCACUCGGAAAGAUAUGGAAGACUUGAGAGAAAUUCUCUCAGAACUGCAACUAAAUCUCAAUUCAAUAAUAAAUCGCAUACCAGAAGCUCAGCGGCCCGCUAUGCUGAACAGUGACGGCAGUGCUGUAUCCCCGUCGCUGUCAUCUCAUUCCACCCCGGUCGAAGUCCGAACGAGCGACACUCAGCUGCCAGCAGACGGUCCGUCAAGUUGUCCUGAGCAAUAUCACUCACCGGUGCUUACCGCAUUUCACAAAUGGGCUCGCAUACUUCUAUCUUUGUUUAUCGAUAAAGCAUUUUGUGUUGCGUAUCAGCCUUUCCUGAAGAACGCCAAGAGUAGGAUCUGGCCGGCUGCGAGACAAGGCGCGCUGCGCCAUUGCCAUGGUUUCAUGGAGAAGUUUAUUCUUCUUGCUACAGACCCCGACUUUCAGCCUUUCCAAUGGAGUUGGCCUGGAAACCAUCAGCCCAUGCAUGCUACCAUGAUAAUGCUUAUCGACCUCUACGAACGACCCAACAGUUCAGAAGCCCCUAAAUCCCGGGCCUUCAUCGACAAGAUCUUCUCCAUCUCAGGACCCGACGGGGGCGUUGUCGGAGGCGAAGAUGGAAUCACGACCCACAGGCCUCUCAAGGAUGGCGGUCGUGAAGCCUGGGAUAUGAUGCGUCGACUUCGCGAGAAAGCCUGGCAAAAAGCAGGCCUUGAUCCUCACCAGCUCUGGACAGAACAGGCUCAGAUCCAGGCCGGUGUGGCUCGUGACGGAAAUAACACAGUCAUGACAGACGCCCCGAUGACAAGCAAUGCCCAGCCUGUCGAGCCGCCUAUAGAUAACCUGAGACCCGUCAUCGUCGACAGACAGCUUUCGGAUUUCUCCCGACGAUUCUUCGACAUGACACGAGCCCAUAUGCUCCCCAAGCCCACGGUAUCACUCCAACCACCACCUCGAAGCUCAUACAAACUCCCAGUUCCAACUCCCACUUCCGUCCCGCGCACUCCACAACCAGCCUCUCAACAACCGCCCCCUCCUUCCAUCCAGCAAUUCUCCGUCCCCCACGCCGUCCUCAAUCCCCGUCUCGAUUCCACCCUCGCCAGCUCCGCCGUCUCCCCCCCAGAAAGCAUGACCGCCACACAUCCAACCGGUCCUCUAAACCAACUCGCCAACGCACCCGCAUCCUCCACUACCUCCUUCAUGGACACAACCGCCAUCACAAACCCGCCCCUGAACAUGACCAUGACCACCACCGGCCCCUCCACGCCACCGUCCAUGAUGGACCCGAACCUCAACUUCGACUGGGACCAAUGGGACGCUGUUUUCGGCCAACACCUACCUGUCGCAGACGAGUUUAUGGAACUUGACCCCGUGGCGGGGUUCGGGUUUCCUGAUCUCGGCGGCGGCGGUGGUGGUGAUGCUAAUGGUCCUAUAAGUAACCAGAACCCAGCGAGCGGGAACGGAAGUGAUGCGGGGAUGAUGGGCGCGAUGGGAUCUUGGGGCAAUUUUGGUUAAUGGUGGGAGUUUUUUUUUUCUUUGCUUAAAUGAAGUAUUGUAAUACCAUAUUUUGUAUAUAUUUUAUCUUUUU